GCCGCUCAGCCAUGGCCCGCCGCGGACUCGCCCUCCUGCUGCUGCUCCUGCUGGCCGCCCUGCACGGCCCCCACGGGAAGCCCAUCAGCCUGACUUACCGCUGCCCCUGCAGGUAUUUUGAGACCCACGUGGCCAAGUCCCAGAUCAAGCACCUGAAGAUCCUGGCCUUCCCUGGAUGCCCCCUUCAGGUCAUUGCGCGACUGAAGAGCAGCACGAAACAGAUCUGCAUCGACUCCAAGUUAAAGUGGAUUCAGGAGUACCUGGAGAAAUACUUUGAAAAGAGAGGCAAGAUGUAAGCCAGGAGCAGCGCUGGCUGCCUGCGGGAUGCUUCUCCGUAGGAGCCGGAGACCUCCGCCCCGCCUCGUAGGAAAUGGCUCCCUACACAGCACCCUCUUCCAGCCACCCCGCCCCACCCCACCCCCCGGAUCCUCAGCCGAGGAGGGCCUCUGGGGCUCGGGGCUCAACUGGGAAGGCUCCGCGGUUGCCCGAGCCCCCUAUUUGCACAGAAAUGCCUUGUCUUUGCCAAUAUUGUCUGAUGUAGCAGGAACGGCUUGGGUUUUUUUAUUUUACUUUUUGUAUCACUAACUUCAAGAGCAGCACGUUGUAUGAAACAGAGCAUUAAUCUCUUCUGCUGUGCAGAAUCUGGGCACUGACCCCCUGAUAACGUUUGCAUGGGGGAGAAGGAGGGAGGGGGAGAAUUAUUCAAAGGGCAUGCGUGUGUGUGUG